GAUAACCUGUAUAGUUCAGAGUUCCAUUCUCACAAAUGUCACUCAGGUUGUCAUUCGAAAUUUUUUCCACGUUGUGUUCAUUUCCCUACAAAUAUGCUGAAUAAAAACAAAUGUGAUCGUACUAUUAGUUCCUGCAAGGAAGAGAGGCCUAGUUUUCAAUCCAAGCUAUGGUGGAAUAAACUCUUCAAAAAACUAGAGGAGGAAUCAUCUAUUCCCCCCGAAAAAAGGCUAGAAGUGCUCGAGGCUAUUUUCCCGAAUUAUCUGCUGCGACGCAUCAUUGAUCUGAUAGAUUUAGAUAAGAAGAGCAAAGAAAAAGUGAAAGGCUUUGCAACGUUGAAAUUUCCUUGUGAAGGACCUCUAACAUUUCCACCUAUAUUGCCCAGUCCCACCUAUGGUAGUAAGGAAGGGGGAAAAGUAGAUGACACUGAUAGUAUUUCCAUAUCGUCCUUCACGAGUACAUCGAGCAUGGAGAACAAUGUCCCUCUGAAACAGGUCGGAAAGAAGAAUCCAUACUUGAAAUUUUUUCAAACACGACAUGAUCGGGCAUCCAUAUGGAGGCCCAUGCCGCCACUUUCCCUUGCAGACAUGAAUUUGGUGCAGAAAGCUGAUGCCAUUACAGAAAGGAUCGCCGAAGAAUUCGUUAAAUGGCUACAGCAGAUGGGAGGUGAAGCUACUUCCAAUUUAUCUGUUCAGACCAUAAUAAGUAUGUUCGAAAUCGGAUUCAAUACCCACGCUGCAAAAUCCUUAUGUGUCCGCCUGAAGGAGAUGCCAACUGUGACGGACUUGGUAGCAAAAAAGAGGAAUGUUCCUGGGAUGGCGAAACGUGCUAGCCUUUUGCGACAGAUCAAUAGGGAUAUCGAGGCCAGCAAAAUGGAACCUAAGAGAACAGCCUUUGGGAGAUCCCUGCCAUCCUACAUGCAACGUGUUCCCAAUAAGGAAGAUAUCGCUAAGAAAUGGUUGGAAUGUCAAAACGUACCUGUGAAAUUGAAAACUAUGCAAACUGUUUGGGAGGGAAUUACACAUUUGAGAUCAACAAGGGCUUAUUGUGAAUGGCUUGUGAAUCAUCCGGAGAUAAAACCACCUCAAUUUUUGGUCGAAAACAACAUGUUGGAUCUCCUAGUUUUGCACGCUCAGCGACCAUCUUUCGACGAGGACGAAGUCGGAGCCGACGACAUCGCUGCCGGUGCGAGUGAACUAAUGAUAAGAGGCUUUUCUCGUCCAGAUUUGGUAUCCAAGAUGGAUACAGCCAUGUCUCGGCAGGCACUCAAUGACGUUGAGGCUAAAAAAACUGAUGAAAUGGACACUUCAUCGAGAAAUGAUUUGAAUUAAAUACACGAUUAAGAACAUAUUUUGUUUAAUUGCUUAAAUUAAUAUAGUAAUCGAAUUUA